AUGAAAUGCGGAGCUCUCAAGGAUACACACCCUGAUGACCUUCUGAUUGCCCUGCUAACUGCUGUUCGUGAGAGAUCUAACCUCGACCCAUCCCUUGUUGAAGAUGUUUGUGUCGGAAAUGUGUCUGCUCCUUCUGCCCCAUACGCUUCCCGCUCCGCCGUCCUGGUCGCUGGGUAUCCCCCGUCUCAGAAGCCGUGCUCAAUCACCCCAUUGCUGGGUCAUACGUCUGAGAACGUCGCAGGCCAAUUCAACAUCAGCAGAGAGAAGAUGGACGAUUUCGCUGCGCGCUCGCACCAACGAGCUGAAUUGGCGCAGAAGAGCGGGUGGGUGGUCGACGAGAUCGCGCCCAUCAGAGUCAAGGUGAAGGAUCCCAAGACAGGCCAGGUCAGGGAAGUUGUCGCGGAUAGGGAUGAUGGUAUCCGUUACGGAACCACUGCCGAAAGCCUGGCUAAAGUCCGCCCGGCCUUCUCGCAGUGGAAGCCCGGCCGUACGACUGGUGGCAAUGCAUCGCAAAUCACCGGCGGCGCUGCGGCAGUGUUGAUGAUGAAGCGAUCUCGUGCGCUGGAGCUGGAGCAACCCAUCAUUAUCAAAUUCUGCGGUGCAACGGUUGCCUGUCUGGAGCCGCGGAUCAUGGGCAUUGGCCCGACACUCGCGAUCCCGAAGAUGAUGAAGAAGCUCAACCUGUAG